AGAAGCACAGAAGAACCACGUGAUAAUAAUUUUCAAAAAUUUCCAUAUAACCUUAAAAAUACAUGUCACAAAGCUAAGUUUAUUAAAAAAUGAUAAUAGAAUAUUUGAAUAAAAUUUAAUAAAAUGUCUGCGUCAUUAGUGCAUAAAAGUUUACAAGUUUUAAAAGGUGAAAACAAUUUAAGUAAAGAACCAAAAUCGAAAAAUAUUAAGAAAAAAAGAAAGAAGAAUAAACAGAUAGCUGAUAAUACAAAAAAAAUCACUCUUGCUGAUAUACAAAGCACAACAACAAAUAGUAAAGAUAAAUUUGAAGACAAUCUUAAAAAGCUACAACUGUUAAGUUCCAGGAAAUUAGAUAGUGAAACAGCCGAAAAGGUUUUUGAAAGAGCUGUCAAAAAUACCAAAUUUGUUGAAGAAACACAACCUGAACCCGAAGGCACAGUUUUCACAGAAGAAGACUUCAUUAAUUUUGAGAAAGAAUAUUUUUGUUCAUAAAAUGACUCUAUCUGAUGUAACAGUUGGACGUAUGAUGGUUCUAGGAUCUAUGAUAUUUUUAAUUUAUUACUUUAUAUGGGUCAUACUAAUGCCUAUAAUGAAAGUACCUAAUGAUAGCUGGUUAUUGACUCUUUUUCCACCAACUAUUUACACUUUACUGUUACCAGCAAUAUUUGGAUUAUUUUUUAUUGGGUCUAUUGUAAUAUUUACAGUUUAUAAUAUAAUAUUUUCGAGA